ACGUCAUUAAACAAAUUAAAAAGAGAUUUUAGAAAUAAUUUGGGAGGAGGGAAAAAUUUGCAGAGUGGAAAAAGGCGCGACGGCGAGAGAGAUGGAAAAAGGCGCGGCGGCGACGAAGAUAGAUCUAAAGCAAGACGGUGUCGAGAGUCUGAGCGGCCGUGUUCAUCUACUUCCCUGCUGCAUCAAGCACGACGGCCCCACCGAAGUUUCUCACUAUUUCAAACCUAAACCUACCGGCGUCGUCGGAGAAGACGGUUUACAAUUACAGCAAUCGCAUUUUAGAGGAAGGUUACUCGAAGGAACUACACUUCAACUUCCUCAUAACUACUCUGGUUUUGUUUUGGGAAAGAAAAAUUCGUCAAGUAAAUCUGAUGAAAGUUCUGAUUCGUGGGAGAGCAGUGCAACGUUUAAGGAUAUUACGUAUUGGAAUCACGAUUGCGUUCCUUCGCAGAAUGAUGAUUUCUUCCGUGCUUUUCGUUGGAUAUCUGUUGCUGAAGCUCUGCAUAGUCCUGUCACACCUGAGGAGUUAGCAUCUUUCACACUCUAGAGGCAUAAUGUUGCGGCCUUCGUAUUUACAGUUAAUUUAUUCCUGUAAUUUAUAUACUUUUUCUGUACCCUGUCUUCAGCAAUUCUUAUGUAUUUCCCCCUUUAUACUAUCAUGUUUGUUCUUCAGUUUUCACUGUAUGAAUACAAUUUGUAUCAUAGAUGGAAAACUUGCUAUCUCUAA